AUGCACUCCCAGCUGCACAAACAUUGGUAUCCGAGCUACACUCCACAGAGACAUAUUGGCAAGAUGAUCACAGAAGAAUCUAUCUAUGAAGGGUUCUGGGUAAAUUGGACUGAUGGGCUCUAUCGUGGCUCGACACUGACCUUGGACAAACGCACUGCCGCAUCUCUGAUCGCUUUCCUCGCACUGUACGUCACACUUACAGGCACACACUUCUGGCAGCUACUCUGCUGGAUCACGUUUCGACUGCGAUCGGCUUGCGACCAUCCAAUGCCACAAGACGACCCGUUGCAGACAUUGUUGCGCAACAGCGAGUCUUCUACCGCCGCCACUAUCGACUUUGGCUAUGCUUUGUGGCAAUGGCGUCGACAAGCACAACGUAGGAACUUGCUGCGGACGACAAUUGGAGUGCAUGCCUCGGCUGUCAUUAUCAUGGUUGGAUUCUUCGCUGCCAGUAUCUUCUCUUCGAAGAUCACUAAUACCAGGUCGGACGUUUUACUGCGUCAGGAUACGUGUGGGUACUGGACGAAGUUGGCCAAGUCUGACGAUGACUAUGGAGACAAUAUUGUGCGAGUCUCUGAUUGGGAGGGACAGAGAAGCGUCAACUGGGCCGACAGUUCUCUUCUGACGCAGUACUGCGCCAGACAUGGAGAGCUUUCGACUUGCGUGGCGCCUGGUCGGGCAUUCGUACGCUGGAACAGCUCAAUGCACGGUGAUUGCCCUUUCACCGACAUCUCAUGUGCUUCUCAAACACUCGUACUCGACUCUGGUCUUGUAGAUUCCUCGCAUCAUUUGGGCAUCAACGCGCCGAAACGAGACAGAGUGGCGUUUCGGAAGCAACUCACCUGCUCACCGAUAAAUGCAGAAAACCGUACUCGAAAAUAUGCACAAAACAACUACACACAACUGUGGCCGCCAGAGAUGACGUCCAACUCGGACGAAAGCAUCCUAGCCUGGCUUGAGCCUGAAAUCUUCAAUCCCAAUCGCAGUCAGAUAUACAAUGGCAGCUUGUUUGAUGCUAUAUUUCUUGGCGCAUCGAAUUUUGAUUUGGGUAUGGAGGCCACAUUCGUGCAGAAUGAAGCGUUGUGGAUGAAUUAUCAUUCGGGGCGUACCAAGGGCAGUGGGGAGGCAUACGGUGUGCAAGUGCAGCAGCAUGUGCCUGGCGGACCAGAGGCUCUCGACAAAAGUUACAACAGAUUCGUGCCGACUGCGGGCUUGUCAAGAAAUCAAUCAACGACACUUUUGAUGUUCCUGAUGAACGGUUACACCUACAGCGCGGGACCCGUCCAUGACCCCUGGUUCAAGACAACGAACUCUCAUACCAUCCCACACAUAACAUAUUCUGGGGCCACCUAUGAAACUUGGUUCGCUGAAUACGACACCAUUGGCACUCUGGCUUGCUUUGAAGACGAUGAGAUCUGCAACCCUGCUCUGGGAAUAUGUUCACCCGUCAACCCAUACGGUUCGAGCCUGAGCGGCGACCUCACGGAGCUUUUGCGGCUGAAUGAAAAGCAGGGAUCGACACUGAGGCGCGUUACGGAUGCGCUUGCGAAAUCAGCUUUCGGAGAUAUGGUCGUGGAAUUGAAUGGGGCCAGUAUGUUGGCCAGAAGACGUUCUUUCGACAACACCGGAUCCUCGCUACCAGCCAAUCAAUGGGUAUUGGAGCUCCAGCAAUGGGUUUCAACUUCUCUCGUUGCAACUGAGAUUGCCGCUAAGCAGUUUGUGACCGGCUAUGGAAAUGAAGCCUACAACCGAUAUGUCCGUCCUCCGACAGCAGUGGAAUCUUGGAUGUGCCAGAACCAAGUCACUACCAGUACCGCAUACUCGUCUUUCAGCGUACUUGGACUUGGGAUCAUUGUGGCACUAGGAGCAUUAAUCGUCCUGACGAAUAUGUUCAUUGAACCGAUCAUGCUCCGCCUGCCAGGUACCACCAAGUGGGCGACGAAGCAGAAGGUCAUUUCUACGGCAUGGCGAAUGUCCGAACUGCUUGCGUUGCAUGAUUCGAUUCAUUCGGCAGAGAAGACCCACAGCAAGUGCAACAGUAGAGACAGGUGCACCAGCUCUUGCGGGUCAUAUACUAGCGAUUCUGUUGUGAAGACAGAAUAA